AUGGGCACAGGAAGACCUCUGUCCACAGGGGAAGAUGAAGGGGUGACAGAAGAGGUGUGCGCCGCGGCGUGGGUGUACUGCCUGUUCCUGUCUGUGCCACCGCUGCUGGGCUGGAGCCGCUACAUCCCGGAGGGCUUCCUCACCUCCUGCUCCUGGGACUACCUGACGCGCACGCCCGCCAACCGCGCCUACUACAUCUACCUGCUCGCCUUCGGCUUCGUCCUGCCAGUCGGCGUUAUAGCCUACUGCUACGCCUUCAUCCUGGCUGCUAUUCAUGAGCACGGCCGCGAGAUGCAGGGAGUUGAGUCCACAGGAGGCCGGCGCAGCACGCACCGGUCGUGCGCGCAGUUGCAGCCCUACUCGUCCACUGUGCGCACCGUCGAGAUCAUCGUGACGCUGGUGCUGCUCUUCCUCAUGUCGUGGACGCCCUACACCGUCGUCACACUCAUCGGACAGUUCGGGGACCAGGCGCUCGUCACUCCGUGGGUCGCCUCAUUGGCCGCGUUCUUCGCUAAGGCAUCGGUGGUGUACAACCCGAUCGUGUACGGCCUGUCGCACCCGCACUUCCGCGCGUCCAUCAAGCAGUACCUGUCGGGCUACCGGGGGCCGUGCUCCGCCUCCGGGCUGCUGCCCACCGCGGCGCCGCCCACCACGUGGGGCAGCCUGGUGCUGCGCCGGCGGCCGCGCGCCAUCUCCAGCCCGGGCCACGUGCAGCACGUGCGUUGCUUCCUGCCGCCGCAGCACCGCCGCCUCAGGCACUACCACAGCGAGCCUCCGGACCCACCGUCCCUCGACGGCAGCCGCUGCCUGCAAGACCACCACAGUUCAUCCGAACGCAGGAGGCCGGCUUCCGGGGAGAGGGGCCAGCUGACGCCCUCCGAGUCUUCGAGCCGUGAAGUGCCUGCCAGUGAGCGUCAUUUGUCUCAGUUGGGCGGAAUACAGCGUCCAACCAGCGGUACAACAACAUAA